AUGGCCGCCAAGGUGCUUCCUCCUGGCCCUGACAGCCUGCGGCCAUUUACAAAAGAAAGCCUUGCAAAGAUAGAAAAACGAAUUGAGGAGGAGAAGAUACGCAAAGAGAAAAAUAUUGAGGUCCUUGAGGAGGACAUAGUAAAACCCAACAAUGGCCUGGAAGUUGGAAAGAGUCUACCACUUAUUUAUGGUGAUCCACCACCAGAACUUAUUGGAGUACCUCUGGAGGAUCUUGAUCCUUUCUACAAUAAUCAAAAGACUUUCAUUGUCCUGAAUAAAGGGAAAGCAAUAUUUCGCUUCACUGCUACCAAUGCUUUAUAUUUACUGGACCCUUUUAAUCCUUUCAGAACUGGAGCAAUAAAAGUCCUCAUCCAUGCAAUAUUUAGCUUUUUUAUUAUGAUAACCAUCUUAACGAAUUGUGUUUUUAUGACCAUGAGUGACCCACCACCUUGGUCCAAGAAUGUUGAGUACACGUUUACGGGCAUUUAUACUUUUGAGUCCUUAGUAAAGAUUUUUGCUCGAGGCUUUUGUAUCGAUAGUUUUACAUUCCUCAGGGACCCAUGGAACUGGCUGGAUUUCUGUGUCAUUGUCAUGGCUUACACUACAGAGUUUGUAGAUUUGGGGAAUGUGUCUGCUCUCAGGACAUUCCGCGUCCUCCGUGCACUUAAAACAAUCACUGUAAUUCCAGGCUUGAAGACCAUUGUUGGCGCCCUUAUUCAGUCAGUGAAAAAGUUGGCAGAUGUCAUGAUUUUGACUGUCUUCUGUCUAGCCGUCUUUGCUUUGAUUGGCCUUCAAUUGUUUAUGGGAAAUCUGAGGCAAAAGUGUGUGCGUUGGCCACCAACGGAGGAGGCUUACGAUUAUUACAGAAAUAUAACAAUAAGUUCUAUGGAAUUUGACAGCAACUCCACCUUGUAUGACGACCCUGACAUGUACGCCAAUAUCUCCGUAGACUGGGGUCCCUACCUCAAUGAUGAGUCAAAUUUUUACUUCUUAGAUGGAGCACUUGAUGCUCUUCUGUGUGGAAACAGCAGUGACAGUGGGAAAUGCCCAGAAAGCUUUGUAUGUAUGAAAACCGGAAGGAAUCCCAAUUAUGGUUAUACCAGCUAUGACUCCUUCAACUGGGCUUUCUUGGCGCUGUUCAGGUUGAUGACCCAAGACUACUGGGAGAACCUCUUCCAGCUGACUCUUAGAGCAGCUGGAAAGACUUACAUGGUUUUCUUUGUGGUCGUCAUUUUCCUGGGGUCAUUCUACCUGAUAAACCUUAUCCUGGCUGUAGUAGCCAUGGCUUACGCUGAGCAGAAUGAAGCCACCAUUCAAGAAGCCUUAGAAAAGGAAAAGGAAUUCCACGAUAUGCUGGAACAGCUGAAGAAACAUCAGGAAGAGCAGGGUCGGAGGAAAUCCAGUGUAGCAUCUGUAGGACUGGUCAACGGAGAACAGAAAAAACCUCCCUCUGAUCCAGACCUCACAGAAGAUGGCACAGAAAAGUUGGACUGCAAUGGAAGAGUUAUACCGCGAGUGGUAAUAGAAAGAGUGGCUUCUCUGGAUGACGAUGCAAGCUCAGUGAAGACGGAUCUUGAGAAGAACUCUAAAAUGUAUCUGGGAGAGCCGACUUUACAGAAGAAAGCAGGGAGCUCAGUUAGUGUUAUUUCCGAAGCCAUGAUAGAAGAACUAGAGGAAGCCCAGCAGAAGUGCCCCCCGUGGUGGUACAAGUUUGCCCAUAAAUUUUUGAUUUGGGACUGCUGCAAGCAAUGGGUGAUGUUUAAGGGGUUUGUGAAGUUUGUGGUCAUGGAUCCCUUUGUAGACCUUGGCAUCACUAUAUGCAUUGUGCUCAAUACCCUCUUCAUGGCUAUGGAGCACUAUCCAAUGACUGAGCAAUUCCAGCAAGUGCUGAAUGUAGGCAAUCUGGUUUUCACUGGUAUAUUUGCAGCUGAAAUGUUCUUUAAGAUCAUUGCUCUGGAUCCAUAUGACUACUUUCAGGUGGGAUGGAAUAUAUUUGACAGCAUUAUAGUCACGUUGAGUCUGGUAGAGCUGGGUCUGGCCAAUGUCGAAGGUCUGUCAGUCCUGCGGUCCUUCCGUUUGCUUAGGGUCUUCAAGCUUGCCAAGUCUUGGCCUACGCUGAACAUGCUUAUCAAAAUCAUUGGUAACUCGGUAGGCGCUCUUGGGAAUCUCACGCUGGUCCUCGCCAUUAUUGUCUUCAUCUUUGCAGUGGUGGGAAUGCAGCUUUUCGGGAAGAGCUAUAAGGAAUGCGUUUGUAAGAUCAAUUCAGACUGUGUUCUUCCCCGAUGGCACAUGCACGACUUCUUCCACUCUUUCCUCAUUGUCUUCCGAAUCCUGUGUGGAGAGUGGAUUGAAACCAUGUGGGAUUGUAUGGAGGUGGCAGGGCAAGCUAUGUGCUUAGUCGUGUUCAUGAUGGUCAUGGUGGUAGGAAAUUUAGUGGUGCUUAACCUCUUCUUGGCCUUGUUGCUGAGCUCCUUCAGCGCUGACAACCUGUCUGCUUCUGAUGACGAUGGAGAAAUGAAUAACCUGCAGAUCGCCAUUGGGAGAAUCACCAGAGGCAUAGACUUUGUAAAGAAAACUGCUCUUUCCAUACUGCCCUUUAAGAAGAAGAAGGAUGAGCAGGAGGAAGAAGAUGUUAACAAAGAAAGCAUUGCAUUAAAUCACGUUGAGACAAAGGAAGAGCCCAAGUCAGAAAGCCCAGUUGUUGAUGGUUUCAUGAAAAAACCACGCUACAUCAUGACUGAACUCGACCACAUCAAUCUGAUUAACAACCCACAUUACAGGAUAGAGGUGCCCAUUGCUUCUGAAGAGUCUGACCUAGAUAUUCCGGACACAGAUGAGAUCAGCACUCAGUCAGAGAUGGAGGAGAGGACUAUACAGCCGAAGCGGAAGUUUGAUGAUGGUUCAUCAAUGUGCAGCACAGUAGAUUAUAAGCCUCCCGAGCCAGAAGAAGAGGAAGAGGCCCUUGAGCAUAAAGAAGAGGAAGGCCCAGAGGAAUGCUUUACAGAACCUUGUGUGAAAAGAUGUCCAUGUCUGUACGUUGAUAUCAAAACGGAAAAAGGGAAAACGUGGUGGAACAUUCGGAAAACCUGUUUCCAGAUUGUUGAGCACAACUGGUUUGAAACAUUUAUUAUCUUCAUGAUCCUGCUCAGCAGUGGAGCCCUGGCAUUCGAAGACAUCUACAUUGAGCAGAGGAAAGUUAUAAAGACUAUGCUAGAAUAUGCCGAUAAAGUGUUCACGUAUGUCUUUGUGAUUGAGAUGUUGUUAAAGUGGACGGCUUAUGGCUUCAAGGUUUAUUUCACUAACGCUUGGUGCUGGCUGGAUUUCCUUAUUGUUGACGUGUCUUUGGUCAGUUUUACUGCUAACUUGAUGGGCUACUCAGAACUUGGAGCCAUCAAAUCGCUGAGAACCCUGAGAGCCCUCCGACCUCUGAGAGCAUUAUCAAGAUUUGAAGGCAUGAGGGUGGUGGUAAAUGCACUGCUGGGAGCCAUCCCUUCCAUUAUGAACGUACUGCUGGUCUGUCUAAUCUUCUGGCUCAUCUUCAGUAUCAUGGGAGUUAACCUGUUUGCUGGGAAAUACUAUCGAUGUGUCAACACGACAACGUCUGAGUUAUUUGACCUUUCCGUGGUAAAUAAUCGAUCGGACUGCUUCGGUCUAAACAACACAGAGGAAGUGCGAUGGGUUAAUGUCAAAGUGAAUUUUGACAAUGUGGGUCUUGGAUACCUUUCCCUCCUGCAAGUGGCCACCUUCAAAGGCUGGAUGGAUAUUAUGUAUGCAGCUGUGGACUCCAGAAAUAUUGAAGACCAGCCUCAGUAUGAAAUAAACUUAUACAUGUAUCUAUACUUUGUCAUAUUCAUCAUUUUUGGAGCUUUCUUUACUCUGAACCUUUUUAUUGGUGUCAUCAUUGACAACUUCAACCAACAAAAGAAAAAGUUUGGAGGAAAAGAUAUAUUCAUGACAGAAGAACAAAAAAAAUACUACAAUGCUAUGAAGAAACUGGGAUCAAAGAAACCAGUGAAACCAAUUCCUAGACCAGAGAAUCCGGUUCAAGGAGUGGUGUUUGAUUUCAUCUCCAAACAAGCCUUUGACAUUGUAAUCAUGAUUCUAAUUUGCCUUAACAUGGUUACAAUGAUGAUAGAAACUGAUGACCAGAGUGAAGAGAAAAUCAAUAUACUUUUUAAAAUCAAUUUGGUCUUCAUUGUCAUCUUCACGGGAGAGUGUCUCCUUAAAAUGUUUGCACUAAGACAGUAUUUUUUCACAGUCGGAUGGAAUAUUUUUGAUUUUGUAGUGGUCAUUCUUUCUAUUGCUGGCAUUGUCUUAUCAGACCUGAUUGCAGAGUACUUUGUUUCCCCAACACUGUUCAGAGUUAUCCGACUUGCCAGAAUUGGAAGGGUUCUCCGGCUUAUUAAAGGCGCCAAAGGCAUCCGCACCUUGUUGUUUGCCUUGAUGAUGUCUCUCCCAGCCCUCUUCAACAUUGGGCUGCUGCUGUUCUUAGUCAUGUUUAUCUACUCCAUAUUUGGGAUGUCCAACUUUGCUUAUGUAAAGAAGGAAUCUGGCAUUGAUGAUAUGUUUAAUUUUGAGACAUUUGGCAAUAGUAUAAUUUGCUUGUUCAUGAUAACUACCUCGGCUGGAUGGGAUGGACUUUUGAAUCCAAUUUUAAAUAGUGUUCCCCCUGACUGUGAUCCUCAUAUGGAGAAUCCUGGGACUGCGGUGACCGGUGACUGCGGAAACCCCUCCAUGGGCAUUGUAUUCUUCUGCAGCUAUAUCAUCAUUUCAUUUUUGAUUGUUGUCAAUAUGUACAUUGCAAUCAUCUUGGAGAAUUUUAAUGUGGCCACAGAAGAAAGCAGUGAACCUCUAUGUGAAGACGAUUUUGAGAUGUUCUAUGAAACUUGGGAAAAGUUUGAUCCCGAUGCAACACAGUUUGUUGAAUACAGCCGGAUGUCAGACUUUGUAGAUACCCUACAAGAACCCUUACGAAUCCCCAAACCCAACAAGAUUAAACUGAUCACCAUGGACUUGCCCAUGGUAACUGGAGAUAAGAUUCACUGCUUAGAUAUUUUGUUUGCACUUACUAAAGAAGUCUUAGGAGACUCUGGAGAGAUGGAUGCACUAAAAGCCUCAAUGGAAGAAAAGUUCAUGGCAGCAAACCCUUCCAAAGUGUCUUACGAACCAAUUACCACCACAUUAAAAAGAAAGCAAGAAGAAGUCUGUGUCAUCAAAAUCCAGAGGGCUUUCAGGAGGCAUCUCCUUAAACGCUCUGUGAAACAUGCUUCCUAUGUCUAUCGCCAUAGCCGAGAUUUUGACUCCGUAGCUGAGGAUGCUCCAGAGAAAGAAGGACUGGUGGCAGAAAGAAUAAACUCUGCGUAUGGUCAAUAUCUAGAAGAAGGAACCGAUGGUAGUGCAGUUCCACAACCACGAUCUACAAACAGAUAUUCACGUAGCAGUGGAGAUGAUGUAAGGGAAUCGGAUGUGAUGGACUGCCUGGCAAUCGACCCACCCCCCCCCCCCCCCCCCCGGAUGCCUCCUGCCCUCCAAACCCUUCCAGCAGACUGA